AUGCAUAUAUUAAUAGCCGUAAUAAUAUCUUCAGCAUUAGCAUUCCAUGGUUUACGUAAUAAGUCACUAUCAACGUCUGGUGCAUUGUGUUCUUUCUUUGCAGGUAUUGGAACUUUGUCCAAUGAUUGGCUUGUAUUUACAGUGUAUAAGGCAGAAAGGAAAAAACAACUCGAGGAAGAUUAUCAUGAUGGCGGUCAAAGAACUGCUAUGCAAGUUGCAUGUAGCGCUUUUACAGGAACAAUUAUUUGUUUAAUUCAUCAAUAUUAUUAUGGUGGACAACUAAAAUGUUUUCUAAAUGAUCGGACAAAUGGAGGUGUAUCUCCGUUAGGUUUAUUCGCUUCGAUUUUGGGUGGUUUUGUUAUUGGUAUAUCUGCAGUAAUAUAUAUUUAUUUUGCAGAUGGAUGCAAUCGAUUAUAUAUUGAAGUAAUUCCGGUAGCUUCAAUAGCAGGAUUAAUUGGAUCAAUUAUAGAUUCAAUAUUGGGUGCUACUGUUCAAAUUUCAAUGUAUUCAGAAAAAUCACAUAAGAUAACUAAUAGUAUGACUGAAAAAACCAAGUUAGUUAGUGGAUUUAAUUUAUUGGAUAAUAAUCAA